AUGGGGAUGAUGUCACCUGGAGCGAGUGGCGCGCGGCGUGGAACGCCAGUCGCGACCCCGGAUUCCGGCGGUGGCGCGCGCCUGCCCUCGCGCCGCACGGGACAGGAGGAUGGGGGCGGCUCCCGGAGACACGCGCUCGGGUUAUAAGGUGGGGUGAAUGCCUGGUCGGCGAGUGCACCUUACUCUGCACCCCUGAGCCCGCCUCGGGAACUGCACGUGGCACCCCCACCUCUCGCGCAGACUAUUGCGCGGCCGGCAGGGCUCCCCCGGCGGACUAAGCUAAUGGUUCGCUCCGCCCCGCCCACAAAGAGGCCGCCCACUGACUGGCGCGUUUUAGGACUCCUCUGUCAGACCAGCUACACAGAAAGGGGGCUUGGCUUCCACCCUCAGAAUCUCGGAAGGGUUGGGGGAGUUGUCUUCAGCUCUGAUCCCGCGCUCAGACCCAGACCGGGUCCCAGCCUCCAUCCUGGACCUAUCGCCAGGAAGCCGGCCAGCCUCUGUCUUCGGACCUGGCAAAAACUCUCAAGUUCCGCUCUCAGACCCUGA